UUCCAGACAUUAAGCCUAUAUCAGAUCAAUAGCCAAAGCUAUUUGUGUGAAUAUAUGCUAUAUAUAGGCAACCAUUAAAGACAAACUGAUGAGUGACAUCAUAGCGGAGAUCGGUAGUGGACGUUGGGUGAUUUUUGUGCACAGCCUCCACCAGCCACACCCUCCCGCCUCACGUGCGUGCAGCUGUGCAGGACUCAGUUUCUGUGCCGCCGUCUGUGCGCUUUGCCGUGCGCGCGUGUCUGUGCGAGCACCCGCAGCAUCAGCAACACAAAGAGGGUCGAAGAGCUGUGGAUAGGAGAUACAAGGCGCAGUGGGCAACUUCAAGGCCGAUUUGCGGGCAAACAAGAUCACUUAUAAGAGAGGCGACGACAGGGCAAAUUCCAGCCAUUCAGACGUCUGUUUGGGAAGAGGAAUAAGGAGGCAGCAGAGCGGGACUUUGAUACAGCAGAGCUGAAGGCUAGCUUCUCCACAGGGGAAGUGUCUAACGAAGUCGUCUCAGAUGAUGAGGAGACCAAUCAACAUCUGAGGAAGCUGAACCCCAUUGGGUCCCGAGCCCUCUCCUACGACAGUGUGUUUAUCCCAGAGGAAGCAGUACAGGAGCCCAGCCCAGAACAGACCAUGUCCCAGGAAAACGUCUCUGAUAAAGUCAGGAACCUGCAGAGGCAGAUAGCACAGAAUAUCAAGUUUGGCCAGAGGCCCCCCUCUCUGAGGAAGAGUGAGGGAGACGAGGGCAGCUCGGAUGAAGAGGAGGUGCCCAGGAGCCAUCUGAGUGUCUUAGCCCAGGUGGAGGUUGAGCCAGUGGACACAGAGCCAAAGGGGGCCAGUCAGGACCAAGAGGCCGGUGAGAGCCAUGGAGCUCCCCAGGCUGAAGCCCCCAGCACUCCAGUGAAAUCUCCCAGGUCCAAACAACUUCUUCCAGCCAUCGGCACCAUUGAGUCUAUCGACCUGGAUGGAGUCUCACAGUCUGUCCCUCGGCUGGACAACACCGCUGCCAAGCAUAAGCUGUCUGUCAAACCCAAAAACCAGAGGAUCUCCCGCAAGCACCGCCGGUACACACAGGAUCUGCAAGAGGUGGAUAUCCCUGGCAUACAGCAGGAGGAGAAAGAUGCAGCAGACAGCCAACACAGGACCACUGAGGAGGAGACACCCCCAGAGAAAACCAAGAAGCAGAAUCUGCAGGAGGAGGAGAGACGGGAGUCCAGGAGAAAGAGAGACCUGGCGGAACAGAGGCACAGAGUGGAGGAGGAGGAUAGAAAGAAGAAAGUAGAGGAGUGGAGGCUGCGUGAGUUAGAGGAGGAGCGAUGUCGCAAACAAGAGGAGGGACGUAUACUUAAAGAUGAGGAGGAAAGGAGGCAGAGAGAGGAGAUGGAGAGGAGGAUGAAAGAAGAAGAGGAGAGGAUACAGAGAGAGGAGAUGGAGAGGAGGAUGAAAGAAGAAGAGCAGAGGAGACAGAGAGAGGAGUUGGAGAGGAGGAUGAAAGAAGAAGAGGAGAGGAUACAGAGAGAGGAGAUGGAGAGGAGGAUGAAAGAAGAAGAGCAGAGGAUACAGAGAGAGGAGAUGGAGAGGAGGAUGAAAGAAGAAGAGGAAAGGAGCCAGAGAGAGGAGAUGGAGAGGAGGAUGAAAGAAGAAGAGGAGAGGAUACAGAGAGAGGAGAUGGAGAGGAGGAUGAAAGAAGAAGAGCAGAGGAUACAGAGAGAGGAGUUGGAGAGGAGGAUGAAAGAAGAAGAGGAGAGGAUACAGAGAGAGGAGAUGGAGAGGAGGAUGAAAGAAGAAGAGCAGAGGAUACAGAGAGAGGAGAUGGAGAGGAGGAUGAAAGAAGAAGAGGAGAGGAUACAGAGAGAAGAAGAAAGAAGGAUGAGGGAGGAAUUGGAGCUUAUGCAGCGAGAGGAGAAGGAAAGGACACUGGUGGAAGAGAAAAAGAAGAAAGAGGAAAGAAGUAGAAAAGAAGAAGAGGAGAGGAAGCAGUGUGAACUGGAGGCAGAGCGUCUCCGUGUAGAUGAGGAAAAGAGACUGAAAGAGGCAGAAGAAGAGGAGGAGAGAAUGAAAAAGCAGGUGAAGGAAAAGAGAAAACUGCUUGGAGAGGAGGAGAGGAAGAAAAAGGAGAAGGAGGAGGAGAAGAGUCUGUGUGCAGAAGCGGCUGCGAGCAGCUCUGACCCUGAGAGGAAGAGGAGGGCGGAGGAGGUGCGCUGGAGAGAGAUGGAGAAGAGACAGAGGCCGUUCACCUUCAAAGUGUCCUCUGGGGAGAAGCAGAUCCUGUUCCAGAAGGUCGACCUGACGCCUGUUAUACUGGCCUCCAGUCAGCAGGGGAGCACUGUGGCUGAACACAGAGAGAGAGCCAAGGCCUCAUCGCCUGGAGGAGCUGACUCCCCCACCCUCCCAUCCUCUCAUCAUGUCCCCCACACAGCCAUCCUGGUGACAGGUGGCCAGCUAUGUGGCACUGCUGUCAACCUGGACCAUAUCAAAGAAAUCGCUUGUAAGUCUAUCCUGGGUCUGGCAGAUGAAAAGAAAGCUGCCAUGGGCAUCCCACCACCAACCAAGACCAAGACCUCACCAGACCGCAAGUCUGGGAAAACAAAAUCCCUCAGCGAGUCCACAGACCAGUCCAGUGCAGCCGUCCUUGCAGAGUGGGCCAGUAUCCGCUGCAAGAUAUUCAAGGGGGCGGAGGAGGGGAAGUAUGAGGAAUACCCAGACCCCCAGAGCCAAAGCCGACCCAGCAGUGAGGACCAGAGUCCGUUCCCCCAUACCAACCUCAGGAAGACCAUGUCCACCAGCGCCAAGUUCUCCAUCACCCCGGCCAGGAAGAAGUUUGCCAACUCCAACAGGAACUCUGAGGUGUUGAAUCUGGAAGAGAAGGAAGGAGGAAGCCCAACCUCUACUCUCUCCAACACCUCCUCCAGCGCCUCUAUUCCCCCUGCAGUCUCACCAGCACCAGGCAGCAAGGCCCAGAGCAGGGGUGGUAAGUAUGUCCGGAUUUCAGACGGAACAGGGGAGUGCAUGUUUGCCAAAGACCUCCCUUCAUUCAUAGUCCCCAGCUCUUCCCAGUGCUCCCCCAGACCUGAGGACUCAGAGACAGAUGCUGAGAGCCUGGGAGGAGAAUCAGAGGACUCUGACGGCCGGGAGGAACAGGGGGAGAAGGGCCAGCCCUCUCCGUUUGGGAUCAAGCUGAGGAGGACCAACUACUCCCUCCGCUUCCACAGUGAUCAGUCAACAGACAAGAGGAAAAAGAGGUACAGCGCCGGUGACAGCUUCAAUGGGGUCCCCUCACCUCUGACCCCCAUUGACCCUGACGCCUCAGUUUUCUCUGAUCGAUCCAGCCCUGCAUCUCCACUCAGAGAGAGCAUUCCUGGGGUAAAGCCUGGACAUAUGGUUGUAUCUCUGCCAGAGCCCAGGGCCAAAGCAGGCAAGUCUCCCACCCCUUCCAUACACAGCGAGGAGAAGCCGUCCAAACCCUCACUCUACCAAAGACCGAGCACAUCCCCUAAACCUGCCACCCCUCCCCCCUCUCCACUCCCCAAAGUGGGCAGAGGGGGUCCAAGCGAUGCAGUGGUCCAGAGGACGAGGGUGGGGGCUAAUUCAGCUGGCCAUGAGGAGCGAGUUGAGAGGACGGAGGAAACCUCAGCUGUGGCCCAGCUCCACAGGAACGGCCAGGGACAGGGUCAAUGGGGUCAGGAGGAGGAGGAGCCCAAGGAGAAGAGGUCCUUCUUCCCCUCCAUCAGUAUCCCCUGGAGGGAGCAGGCUGACAGUAAAACAGAGCUCAUCAGGAAAGAGGGGAAGCCAUCGCUGCAAAGCAGGCACUCGUUGGACAGCGUGCCGGUCCAGGACAAGGAGGCGGGGCCUCCGUGGAUCACGCUGGCGCUGCAGAAACAGAAGGGCUUCAGGGAGCAGCAGCAGAGCCGAGACGAACGCUGCAGCAAUAGAGAAGCCAAACUGGCCGAGAAACAGGCCAAGGACAAAGACAGCUGUGUGUUGGUUAGUCCUUCAGAGGGUAAGGGGAGUGGAAACACCAGCCCUCCCAAACCACAGACACCGGAAGAGGCCAAGAGACCAGACUCCCUCCUGGGCUGCUUCGAGCGCCGGGACCACCUGAAGAAAGCCAACACCCUGCCCAGUACUGUCACAGUUGAGAUUGCAGACUCCACACCAUCGCCCCCUGCAGUGAAGGAGGUGACCAAGCGCUUCCUGUCCACUGACUCUCCCCAGGUGUCCACUGAGCCGGCCUGGCUAGCUCUGGCCAAGCGCAAGGCCAAGGCCUGGAGUGACUGCCCUCAGAUCAUCAAAUAACCUCCUCUCUAACCUCUACACUGCAUCAGUACUGUACACACACUGCCCAUGAACUAUGACCCCUGUCCCAAACCAUCCCAACCUCUCCUCUCUGCCCCUGCACUCUAACCUCAACCCAAGUCUCCCCCUAUUUCACCAUAACCAUGUACUUGUAUGAUUAGUAUGAUUAAAAGUGUUUCACAUUCAUAAUAUAAACACAGUCACACAUUUACAAACACGAACACUCAGUACAAGCAUGCACUUAUAUGAACACCUGAAAACACAAGCUACAUUUUUUUUAAAGAUUACCUGGCUGUAUGCUAUCAACUAUACAUUUACAUUUUAGUCAUUUAGCAGAUGUUCUUAUCCGGAGCGACUUACAGUUAGUGAAUGCAUUCAUGU